AUGGAGCCCCUAUCAUUCAAAGUUAAAAAACUUCAAGCACCCACUGAUAUCUCAGUGGAUUUUAGUCUCCAGCUUGUUGGUUCUCUGCCAGUGCAUUCUCUAAUCACCAUGCCAGUGCUGCCUUGGAUUGUGGCAGAGAUUCGGCGGCUCAGUAUGCAGUCUUCCAUGGAAGAACCUAGCACCAGCCAAAUCCGGCUUUAUGUUUCACCAGCAAGCCUGCGAUGUGAACCAGACACAGGAAAGAGCCAACAGUGGGAUCCUUUGAUUUGUUCCAGCCUGUUUGAGUAUAAGCCACAGCAUGUCCACAAACUGAUUCACAAUAGCCACGAUCCAAGUUACUUUGCUUGUCUGAUAAAGGAUGGAGCAGUAAAUCAGCAAAGUAUCUGUUAUGUAUUCAGAGCUGCUGAUCCAACAAAAGUGCCUGAGAUUAUUGGCUCCAUUCGACAGGCUGGAAAAAUCGCUCGCCAAGAAGAGUUCCAGAAUAAUCCAUCUGAAGUUGAAGACCCUUUUUCCAAAAAGUUUGAGGUGUUGUUCUGUGGACGAGUGACAGUAGCACACAAAAAUGCGCCCCCAGCAUUAAUAGAUGAAUGUAUCGAAAAAUUUAACCAUGUUAGUUGUACCAAAAAAUUGGAAUUUAAUUCAUUGUCCCAACAACGUGAAACUGCCAGUAAUUCUGGAGGAUUAUCAUUCAGUGAUAAAUUGCGAUCUGUUUUCCAACCCUUGGUCGGUGAAGAAGAAGAGAAAAGGCCAAUUAGGAAAUCUUAUUCUCAGCCUGGGCUGCGUUCCUUUUCUUUUAAGAGGGACUUGCAAGAUGGGAGUUGCAGGAGUAACAGUUUUGCCAGCUCUUUUGAUGAAACUGAGACUUCGCUGAACCUAAAACGUCAACUUGGCUAUGGACACAACGUUGUGCAGCCAACAGAUAUUGCAGGAAACCGGACUAUGUUGUUCACGAUUGGGCAGUCUGCAGUUUAUCUCAUCAGUCCUGACACGAAAAAAGUAGCACUUGAGAAAAGUUUCAAGGAAAUAUCCUUUUGCUCUCAGGGUAUUAGACAUGUGGAUCACUUUGGGUUCAUCUGUAGAGAGUCUUCAGGAAACGGUGGCUGCUACUUUGUCUGCUACGUGUUUCAGUGCACAGAUGAAGCCCUGGUUGAUGAAAUCAUGAUGACUUUGAAACAGGCUUUCACUGUAGCUGCUGUGCAACAAACCUCCAAAGCUCAGCUCCAACUUUGCGAAGGAUGCCCUAUGCAAUUCCUGCAUAAACUCUGUGAAAAGAUUGAAGGACAACAUCCUUCUAAAACUAAACUAGAACUCCAGAAGCAUCUAACAACACUAAAUAACCAGGAGCAGGCUGCUCUUUUUGAGCAGGUUCAGAAAUUAAGACCAAGAAAUGAUCAGAAAGAGAAUGAGUUGAUUAUCGCUAUUCUAAGAAACAUGUAUGAAGAAAAACAGAAGGAUCAUGUUCACAUUGGGGAAGCAAAGCAGGCUUCACAGCCUUGUGGAGAGACUACUGGAAAUGAGAUGCCAAGCAGUGCUUCCAGGUUCAGACUAGAUAUGUUGAAGAGCAAAGCUAAACGGUCACUAACAGAAUCAUUAGAAAGUAUCUUGUCACGGGGUAGUAAAGCCAGAGGUUCACUAGAAAGUUCUGGAAGUGUGGAUUUGGACAGCUCCUUAUCCAGUACAUUAAGCAGCACAAGUAAAGAACCAUCUUUGUGUGAAAAAGAAGGCCCACUUCCAGAGACUCCUGCCAAGACCAAUGGAUCUGUGGGAGAUGUCUCCAGUGACCCAGUUAGUCACCCCAUCGAGCAGCCUGAUAAAUUACCUCAGCAAGGCUUUCGCCGGCGAGCAAACACAUUGAGUCACUUGCCUAUCGAAUACCAGGAAUCUUUGGAACCAGUUGAAACAUCACCAUCUGUUCCACAAAGGAAACUUAUGAGGUAUCAUUCAGUGAGCACAGAGACUCCUCACAGGCGAAAUUUGAGCACAUCUGUUGGCGAGUCUGAAAGCUGUUCUGGUCAAUCUUCUUCUCCCUCUCCUCUAGCUCGUCUUAAUCCCUCGACCUCUUCACCCACUUUUUUAAAAUAUCUAAAGCAUAAUUCAAGCAGAGAACAAUGUGGGCAUGUUGCACAAAAGAGCAUCUCCUACCGUAUUGCCCUACGGAAAAAGCUUCAUUCUUCCUCCUCUGUGCCAAAUUUCUUAAAAUUUCUGGCUCCUGUAGAUGAAAAUAACACCUCUGACUUUAGGAGCGCAAAAAGUGACUAUGAGUCUAAACAAAGCCAGCUGGAUGUUGGCAAUGACACCCCUGUAAGGACUCGCCGGCAUUCAUGGAGACAACAGAUAUUCCUUCGAGUGGCAACUCCACAGAAAGGAUGUGAUUCUCCCAGCCGACAUGAUGAUUACUCUGAAUUGGGAGAUCUUCCACCCAGGUCCCCGUUAGAACCAGUUUGUGAAAAUGGCCCCUUUGGGCCAGUGAAAGAAGACAGGAAACGGACAACUCGGGAGCUUCGAGAACUGUGGCAGAAAGCCAUUCUUCAACAGAUACUGCUCCUCAGAAUGGAAAAAGAAAAUCAAAAGUUGCAAGCUUCUGAAAACAAUUUGCUGAACAGGCGUCUGAAACUUGAUUAUGAAGAAAUCACUCCGUGCUUGAAAGAUGUAACUUUGGUUUGGGAAAAAAUGCUGAGUACACCAGGAAGGUCAAAGACAAAAAUUGACAUGGAAACAAUACAUUCUGCUGUUGGGCGAGGAGUACCACGUCAUCACAGGGGUGAGAUCUGGAAGUUUUUAGCAGAACAAUACCAUCUUAAACAUCAGUUUCCAAGUAAGCAGCAGCCAAAGGACACUCCCUACAAAGAACUCUUAAAACAAUUAACUUCCCAGCAACAUGCAAUACUUAUCGACCUUGGACGCACCUUUCCAACACAUCCUUAUUUCUCAGCACAACUGGGAGCUGGGCAGCUGUCACUCUACAAUAUUUUGAAGGCCUAUUCUCUUCUGGACCCAGAAGUAGGGUAUUGCCAGGGCCUUAGUUUUGUAGCAGGAGUUCUGCUGCUUCAUAUGACUGAAGAAGAUGCUUUUAAGAUGUUGAAGUUUCUUAUGUUUGACAUGGGCCUAAGGAAACAGUAUCGUCCCGACAUGACUAUUUUACAGAUCCAGAUGUAUCAACUUUCCAGACUUCUUCACGAUUACCAUAGAGAUCUCUACAAUCACUUGGAGGAGCAUGAGAUUGGCCCUAGUCUCUAUGCUGCCCCCUGGUUUCUGACCAUGUUUGCCUCUCAGUUUCCCCUGGGAUUUGUUGCCAGAGUGUUCGAUAUGCUCUUUCUUCAGGGAUCAGAGGUUAUAUUUAAAGUGGCUUUAAGCCUGUUGGGAAGUCACAAACCCUUGAUUCUGCAACAUGAGAACUUAGAAACCAUAGUGGAUUUUAUUAAAAACACUCUCCCAAACCUGGGCUUGGUACAGAUGGAAAAGACCAUUAAUCAAGUGUUUGAAAUGGAUAUCGCCAAGCAGUUGCAAGCUUACGAAGUUGAAUAUCACGUGCUUCAGGAUGAGUUGAUAGAUUCGUCUCUCAAUGACAAUCAGAGAAUGGAUAAGUUGGAAAAGGCAAACACUAGUUUGAGAAAACAGAACUUUGAUCUACUGGAGGAGUUGCAGGUGGCAAAUGGAAAGAUCCAAAACCUAGAAGCUACAGUAGAAUUUUUACUGAACAACGAGUGCAAAUUGAAGCAAUCCAUUCUCACUUUAGAGUUGGAGAGGAAAGCUUUGCUGCAGACAGUGGAAGAUCUACGCACGCAGACAGGCAGCCCAGGUGGAAAACAUCUACUUACCAGGCAAGAGUGCAUGGAUGCCAACUGA